AUGGCUCACCACACAUACAUCAACGAUGAAAGGGUUUUGGAAAGUGUGGGGAGCGCUCUUACCGACAAGACGAAGUUUAGUACCAAAUACCACGGUGGAAUGUUUCUGCUCAAAGCCAACGACACCAUCUCUGUUCGUAUACCUUUCUACUCUUUUAAGCGCGUGUUGUCGCUCGAUAAAGAAUUCCAUUCGAUAAACGAGCUGAAAGUCACGGGAGAAGACCACUAUUCCAGCUCGGAUAGUAAGGUGACUGAGGGAAAGUGUCAGGAGGUGAAUAAACACGGUAGCAGGAAACGUCGCAACUCUACCUCUUACAAGACUCCCGAUAACAUCCUGCUCUAUGGCAAUGGAGAUACAAGUAUCCUGCCAGAAACGCAUGCCAUCACGAAAUGGACCGAGGCAAACAAAAAUGGACGCAACAUAGUUUAUCAUUCCAGUGUAGGCCUCGUCGAGGUGAUGAGAGAUGGACUGUACUUCAUUUACAGCCAAAUGUGCUUUUCUGGAAACAGAAAUCAGGACAUGGCCGGCCAUCGCACUUUUAUCAACUUCGAAGAAAAGAUGACAACCGUGAUUGACCGACAAAACACAACAGUGGCCUGUCGCUAUCAUGGCGGCGCUUUUUAUCUGAAUGCGAAUGACAAAAUCGCCGUGAAGCCAACAGCGACUGGUCAAUACUACAUGUCAGAAAAGGGCUCAUUUCUCGGAGUCUUCCUUAUCUAGAACCACCCGAAAACGUCAGGUUAUUUUUCUCUACUGAGAACUGUCCCAGAUUUUGUUGUUUGAAAACUCGUUAACGCGCGUUAAAACCUUAACAACGAUAAGCAUUUCAGAUGUCAUUAGUGCAACACAGUAUUAAAAAGAGCAGAAAAUAAGCCUGUAGUUCUUUCUUGCGGUCACUUCUUUCUGUUAGACACCAUGAUGUGAUAUUCUACUUCUAAUGCAAUAGCACCAUAAGCAGAAUAAAAACAUGUAUAACCAAACGACCGGUAAUACAUUUAGGAGGAGUUUAAUUUCCUUACGACUCGACCGAACUCUUCUAUUUACAUGUCAUUGCCAGUAGUUUCUUAAUAAAGUAUUACGAACAAGAUACAUUAAGAACGAAACAACUAAUUACAAGAUUGGAAAUAACAAAGGAAAUACGAAUAACAGGAAAUACGAAUAACAGGGAAUACGAAUAACAGGGAAUACGAAUAACA